GUGGACCUAGUGAGUCACAAGCACGUGCUCCUCUCAGUGACAGAAGGGUUAACGGGGACGAUGGAAAGACAAGAUAAAUUGAACCAGGUUUCUGCUCUCACAAGAAAGCUUAGAAACAAAAACUUGACUGAUAAAGUUCGAACAAAGUUUGAAUCAAUAAUUCAGAAAUUGAACUUAGAACUUGGUCUUCUGGACACAACUGCAAAGCCACGAACUGAAGAUGACCCCACCUUCAAUGCCUCCACUGGUUUCCAAGGUGAUGGAUGUGUCGAUCGAUUGAGUACAACAGUGAGAAGUGACCUUUGUCACAGCUGGCCACACUUUGAAGAGACGUUUAUGAUGUCAUCACUGACGGGAGAUGGGGUGGAGUCUCUAAAGGUUUAUUUAUUAGGCCAUGCACCCAAAGGGGAGUGGCAGUACUUGUCACAUGAGAUGACGGACACACCCACUUUGGAUUUGGUCGAGAAUAUUGUGAGAGAGAAACUUUUCAAGUAUCUAGAGAAGGAGAUACCUUAUGUCAUCACACAGAGUAAUAUUCUCUGGGAGCACACGGAUGAAGGAACUCUUACUAUUUACCAGAACAUAAACUGCAAGACAGAGAAACAAGCCUCAAUUGUGAUUGGCCCAGCAGGAAGAACAAUACAGGCCAUCACUAGAGAAGCAAGUGACGACAUACGACAGCUGCUGAACUGCACUGUUGACCUAACUCUCUACGUUAGAUCAAACAAAAAAUAGAAACUGUGUUAUACAUGCAUGUAUUUCCCUGUAGUUGUGAUUCACUUUUCCCUUGAUUUUUGUGCUUUAUGUACUACGCCAGUUGAUAUGAUUCACAACUCGA